AUGUCGAUGGAAAAACAAAUUGUGCCCGACGAACAUGAAUUUAUAUCGCCUUUAGUUAAUUUUAACGCUUUUAAAGAGGAUGCUAUAGCAAAACGAGAUCGCCUUCGCGCGAUUGUCGGCUUAAAGCCAUUAAGAGAUUUCAUUUAUCCCGACGAUAUACCUAAAGCGAAUGUUGCUCUAAAGGAAAGCAUAAAUACGGAAAUUGAUACGAGUGAUGAUGAUAUCAAUAAGAUUAUCGAAAUUUUUGCUGUCUCGGAAGAAGAAGCGAAGGAAACUGUUGCUAACAUGAAUCUUGAACAUCUUGCUGUGACUAAUAGACGUGAUAUUAUGUUUCGGCCAAAUGUUGCAUUCGAAGAUGUUCCAGCAGAUACAGAAUUGGAGACUCUAAAUGCAAAAGAAAUUGAUUUGAAUAUCCGCAGGCAUAUUUCUUGCACUAUAUGUUAUGCAAAUUCAUUGUCAAAAUAUUCGGAUUAUUUUGAAAAUGAACUGAGAAAGACUCGAUCUACUGGAUAUGGUGAAGCAGUAGUAAAUGAUUUCGUUGUAACCCUAACGAUUUGUAGGCCAUUUAAUAGGCAAUUAGAAUUUCAUGAAAAGAAAAGUAUUGGGAUUCGACCAUAUUGGAAAUUUUUAUUACGUGGCGAAACAACACUUGUAGAAAUGCAUUCUUUAUUUAAAUGUACAUCUGAUUUUGGACUUACAUUUGGAGCAGAAACUAAAGAAAAUCCUGAGCUCAAGGACUUUACUUUUUUUAAAUAUCCUUCAUCAUUCAUCUUCAUCCAUGAUACAUUUUACAUCGCGGAUGCAUACAGAUGUUUUAAGGAAACCUUGGUUCAAAUCGACCAAUCAAAAUUAAUGCCGCUUACUGACAUUUCCGAGCCAAUAAGAAGUUGGAUGAAAAAGAAAAAGAACGAAUUUGGGCCAACUGAAGUUAAGAAUUUGGGAAACCACAAGGUAAAAGAUAUUACAUGCCGACUGGGAUUUCCUUACGUUUAUGUGCAUCAGGGAAACUGCGAGCACGUGUUCUUUUUCACCGAUUUGCGAUUAAUGGAUAUUCAGGAUUAUCCUAUUGGGUUUCCACAAAAAUUGUCUGACAACAGUAUCGAAAAUCGCUGCAAAGUUUGUCGCCAUAGUAUUGCGGGUUGGAUAAUUGAAGAUGAUUCACUACCAACUACUCCCUUUCAUAUAUGUGAUAACUGCUAUAAGCAAUAUCUUCAUACCAAUAAGCAUCAUAAAUUAAAACAUAUGGGAACGAAAAAUUUACUUUAUAUGGACCCAUCGGUUUUGCAAUUUUAA